AUGAUUCUUUUUUCUGUAGAGCUAUCGGGUUUAUAUUAUACUUUAAAUAUCAACCUAACUUUUGCAAAGAAUUUCUUUAUUGCUUUUGGAAUAAUAUUUACAAAAAUGGGUAAAAAAAAUAAGCUCAAAGGUGCUGUUGGAGAUAUUAUUGUAGGUCGUGAAGCUCCUUUAGAUGAACAAAUAAAAACAUCAGUUCAAGGAAAACAAAAAAGUAAUUUGCGCAUAAAAUCUAGAGAAAUUAGAAGAGUUAAAAAUGAAGAAUAUGUUAAUGGAAAACUUUCAGCCAAAGUUUUAAAGCAGGCUAAGGAACAAUUAUUAGAAGAAGAUGACAUUGAAAUUGAAAAUAAUAAUAAAGAUACUGUACCUGUUCCUAUUUUUAGUAAACCACAAAAACAAAAAAUAGGUAGUGAUGAUGAAGAUUCUGAAGAUGAUGCAAAUGAUUAUGAAUAUGAAGAAGAAAUUAUUGAUAUAGAUCAAGAAGAGGAAGAAGCAAUGAGUAAAUUUUAUAUCAAAGAAAAUAAUGAGGAGAAGCGUACAUUAUAUGAUAUAAUUAUGCAAAAAAUUGAAAUGAAUAAAGAAUCAAUCCAAAAAGAAGUAAGAUUUCAAGAUUUUGAUGACGUAACAGUAAAAGAGUUGGAUGCAAAAGUAAUUGAAAUGUUUACUAAAGUAGGUGAAGUUAUGGCUAAUUAUAGAUCAGGAAAAAUACCAAAAGCAUUCAAAAUAAUACCAUCAAUGGUAAAUUGGGAGCAAAUAUUGUCAUUAACAAAUCCUGAAAAUUGGUCUGAUAUAGCAUAUCUUGCAGCCACAAGACUAUUUACUGCUAACUUAAAUGACAAAAUGUGCCAAAGGUUUAAUUAUUUGAUUUUACUUCCAAAAUUAAGAGAAAGUAUUUCAAAGGAAAAGAAGUUAAAUUUUCAUUUAUAUCAAGCUUUGAGGAAAUCAGUUUUUAAAACAGCAGCAUUCUUCAAAGGUAUUAUUAUACCAUUAUGUGAAAGUGGAACUUGUUCUUUAAGAGAAGCAACUAUUUUUGGUUCUAUAUUACACAAAGUACAUAUACCUGUUAUGCAUGCUUCAGCGGCCAUGUUAAAAAUUGCUGAAAUGAGUUAUUCUGGAGCUAAUUCUUAUUUUAUAAAAGCAUUUAUUGAAAAGAAAAUUACCCUACCAUUUAGAGUAAUUGAUGGACUUGUUUUUCAUUUUUUGAAAAUGGAAACAGAUACAAGAGACCUUCCAGUAUUAUGGCAUCAAUCUCUUUUGACAUUUAUAAAACAUUAUCGUUCUGACAUUUCAUCUGAACAAAGAGAUGCAUUAAGAAGUUUAUUGAAAGUUAAAGUUCAUCCAAAAAUUACACCAGAAAUUAAAAAUUUAUUGACAUCAGCAGAAUCUAGAAACAUUGAAAGUGAAAAAAAUAUUCCUGAUUAUGUUUAUGAUGAAUCUAUGGAAUUUUGA